AUGAUCGAAAUCACCGUGAACGACCGAUUGGGUAAAAAAGUCCGUAUAAAGUGCAAUCCCAACGAUACCAUUGGAGAUUUGAAGAAACUCAUCGCCGCCCAGACGGGUACCAGGUGAGAAAUGAUACUAUUUUACCUGAAUUGAAAAAACUGCAAAGUCAUGAAAAAAAUAAAGCGUUUUAUUUUUUUCAUUUUCUGAAAAAUUAUCGUUGGUAUUUUUUAAAUUAUAAUUUUAACUUAAUAUUUUGCUCCGAUGGAAACUUUAAUUUGACAAAAACUAUUGAAUGUCAUUUGCUUUUUAGGAUCUCAAAAAAACUGCGGUCGUUGUUGAGAAAAAGUUGACAUUUCUUGAAUUUUUCCAAUAAAACACUUUUUAUUGUUUAUUUUUCCAGUUCAGUUGUUUGAUUAGUGGUCAAUCAGAAAAAUAUAAGAGCGAAUAAAAAUUGCAAAAAAAUAAUUUUGAAAAACUUGUAUAAUUCAAACUUCGAAUGGUUUUCAGCAUUGAGGACAUUUGAACAUGAAUUUCCAGUUUCAUUGUCAUAAUUUUAUCAGCUUACCAAAGUUUCAUUCAUUAUGAUUCUCUUAUGAAUUUUUUCGAAUUUCUUAAUUGAAGCCAGUUUUGGAAAGAUGCUUUAUAACUAAAUAAAAAACAGAAAUUUUCGUUCAGAUACGAAAAAAUCGUUCUGAAGAAAUGGUACACCAUCUACAAAGACCACAUCACGCUGCAGGACUACGAGAUCCACGAAGGUUUCAAUUUCGAGUUGUACUAUCAAUGA